AACUGUCGUGUCGCUGAUUUGAAUGUGAAAGUGUCUUUGAGCGCAGUGCGUUAGCUUUCUGUUAGGAGGCUAGCUAGCAUGCUAAGCUGUGUCACCGCUGUGUUACAAGGCCACUUUAGCUAGCUGGAAUGACAGCGUGCCGCGGCUUAGCUGGUGCAAAUUAACGUCAACUAUGUCGAAUACUGAGGUGUACCAGCGCACAAAAUGUCUGUUUCUGUCAUACGUUAUAGUUGCUGUUUGUAUAAAUAAUAAUUAACCAACCGGGCUAACGAACAGAUGCGGGAAGCUACGUUGAGUCAGAGACUCCAGGAAGUUGACCGUACCAAAGGAGGGCAUUGAAAACACGUGUUUUGUUUUGGGUCACUUUGGCAUAAGACUCGGACGCGACCCGGUGUGUGGGCUUUUCUAUGGAUCCGGGACAGGAUUUACUUCUUGCUGCUCUGAGUGAGAGUGGCAUUUGCCCAAAUGAUAUUGGCCUAUUUGAUGUUGAUGCUCAGGAUGUUGCACAGCCCACCACAACCCAGCAAUCCAUCUCCAUCAGUGCCCUGGAUGUUGGUGUGGGGACAGAAUCAGUGGACGUUGUUCGAACGGAGCCUCCAGCUCCAGUCCCUAUAGUUACCAUCAGGCACAAACCUCAGCCAUCAACCACCACGUUUGUCUUAAAUCAGCUGAAUCAGUUGCCGUCGCUCGGAGCUGUUGUAACCAAACAGUCUGCCCCGAACAAUAUCAAACAUACCAUAACUGUCACCAAGGUGGUCCACGUUGCUAACUCAGCCCUGCGAGGUUCUUCGACACCCUCCUCUACAAUUAUCCCUCCCUCAGCGUCCACAGCAGUGCCUUCUAACAGAGAUCAGCAGAUUCAGUUGAAAGACCUCCUUACAACCAGCAGUGUGAAGAGCGGCGGUCUAAAGGGCAACAGUCUGAUGGAGCUCAUGAAGCUAAAACCUCCACCUGACAUUACUACACCAGUAGCAACAGCAACUGCGACAGGUGAACUGAACAAUGGAAUCAAGAAGGAGGCGAUGGGUAAAGAUGCUGCCAGAAUCUGGAUUAAUGACGGCAGUAAAAUGCAAAACUUCUCACAUUCUCUGAAACCCCCAAGCAUGAAAGAGGAAGACGAGCCUGAGGAGGAAGAGGAAGAGGAGUUGGGUCAUGCAGAAACGUAUGCAGAGUACAUGCCAAUGAAAUUAAAGGUCGGUCUGCGGCAUCCUGAUCCUGUGGUGGAGACGAGUUCCCUGUCCAGCGUCAGUCCUCCGGAAGUUUGGUACAGAUUAUCCAUCCCAGAAGAAGUCAUUGACCGUGGCUGCCUGUCAGCCUUGCAGCUGGAAGCAAUCACAUAUGCAGCUCAGCAACAUGAGACAUUCCUCCCCGGCGGUGACCGAGCAGCUUAUUUGAUUGGUGAUGGAGCCGGUGUGGGGAAAGGCCGGACUAUUGCAGGGAUCAUCUAUGAGAAUUAUCUUUUAGGCAGGAAGCGAUCACUUUGGUUUAGUGUCUCAAAUGAUUUGAAGUAUGAUGCUGAAAGGGAUUUAAGGGAUAUAGGAGCUAAAAACAUCCAGGUUCACUCUCUGAACAAGUUCAAAUAUGGCAAAAUCUCCUCGAAACACAAUGGGAGUGUGAAGAAAGGUGUGAUAUUUGCCACCUACUCUUCCUUGAUAGGAGAGAGCCAAUCAGGAGGGAAGUACAAGACCAGAUUUCAGCAGCUUCUCCACUGGUGUGGGGAGGACUUUGACGGAGUCAUUGUCUAUGACGAGUGUCACAAAGCCAAAAACGUGUGUCCAGUAGGAUCAUCCAAACCUACAAAAACUGGGCUUGCAGUAUUGGAGCUGCAGAACAAACUCCCCAAGGCUCGCGUUGUGUAUGCAAGUGCUACAGGUGCCUCUGAACCUCGAAAUAUGGCCUACAUGAAUCGGCUGGGCAUCUGGGGAGCCAAAACACCCUUCAGAGAGUUUGGUGACUUUAUCCAGGCUGUAGAGCGCAGAGGUGUUGGUGCCAUGGAGAUUGUUGCUAUGGACAUGAAACUGAGGGGGAUGUACAUUGCAAGGCAGUUGAGUUUCACGGGUGUGACUUUCAAGAUUGAGGAGGUUGCCCUGACUCAGAAGUACAUCAACAUGUACAACAAAUCAGUCAGGCUGUGGGUGAGGGCACGUGAGAAGUUCCAGCAGGCUGCGAACCUGAUUGACGCAGAGCAACGCAUGAAGAAGUCCAUGUGGGGCCAGUUCUGGUCCGCUCACCAGAGGUUCUUUAAAUACCUCUGCAUCGCCUCCAAAGUCCGCAGGGUGGUCCAGCUGGCCAGAGAGGAAGUCCAGAAUGGAAAGUGUGUGGUCAUAGGUCUUCAGUCCACCGGAGAAGCAAGAACACUUGAGGCUUUGGAGGAAGGAGGAGGCGAACUCAAUGACUUUGUGUCAACUGCAAAGGGUGUGCUGCAGUCCCUGGUUGAGAAGCACUUUCCAGCUCCUGACAGACAGAAGCUUUACACCCUGCUGGGUAUUGAUCUCUCGGCGAAGAAGACGCCGUCUCCCUCUGAGGCUGCCGCACCAGACCAGAAGGGCAAGAAAAGGAAAGGUCAAGAGAUCAAAAAGCAGCAGAAAAAGAAGCCUCGAAAGCAUGGCGGGUUGUCGGGUACCAGCUCGGAGGAGAGCCAGUCAGAGGAGUCGGACAAAGAGUCGGGUAAAGACUGCGACAGUGACGACAGCUUCAAAUCUGUGAGCUCGGCGGAUGAAGACGACGACUUCAACCCGUUCAGAGACGAGUCUGACGAUGACGACGAAGACGAUCCGUGGCUCAUCAGAAAGGAACCAAAGAAAGGGAAGGAGAAGAAGAAGAAAAAGAGAAGGAAGAGCAUCGAUCCGGACUCUAUUCAAAGUGCCUUGUUAGCCUCUGGGCUGGGCUCCACCAGGCCUGCCUUCACUGCCUCUGUUAACGCCCCCAGCACACCUGCCACAGUCAAGGCAGAGAGUCAGGAGAGCUGCGUGACGAGUCAGGACGCAGUGGAACAUGCCCAGAAAAUGAAGAGAGAACUGCUGGAGGAACUCGAAGAGCUGGCGGAGGAUCUGCCUCCCAACACUCUGGACGAGCUAAUAGAUGAACUGGGAGGACCAGAAAAUGUAGCUGAGAUGACUGGCCGCAAAGGUCGUGUGGUGAGCAAUGACGACGGCAGCAUCACCUACGAGUCUCGCUCUGAGCUGGACGUCCCGGUGGAAAUCCUCAAUCUCACAGAGAAGCAGAGAUUCAUGGACGGAGAGAAGAACAUCGCCAUCAUCUCGGAGGCUGCCAGCUCAGGUAUUUCCCUGCAGGCCGAUCGUCGAGUGAAGAACCAGCGGCGGAGGGUCCACAUGACGCUGGAGCUGCCGUGGAGUGCAGACCGGGCCAUACAGCAGUUCGGGAGAACUCACAGGUCAAACCAGGUCACAGCUCCAGAAUACGUCUUCCUCAUAUCAGAGCUUGCCGGAGAGCAGAGAUUUGCAUCCAUUGUUGCCAAAAGACUAGAAAGCCUGGGUGCUCUCACUCACGGAGACAGAAGAGCAACAGAAACUCGAGACCUCAGCAGGUUCAACUUUGACAACAAAUACGGCAGAAACGCUCUGGAAAUUGUGAUGAAGUCAAUCGUGAAGCUGGACUCUCCGUUAGUUUCUCCACCCUCUGACUUCAAUGGAGAUUUCUUCAAAGAGAUUCAGAGUGGGUUGAUAGGUGUGGGCCUCAUCAAUGUGGAGGACCGAUCUGGCAUCCUGUCACUGGACAAAGACUACAACAACAUGGGCAAGUUCCUGAACCGGAUUUUGGGCAUGGAGGUCCACCAGCAGAACGCCUUGUUCCAGUACUUUUCUGACACAUUGGGAGCAGUUAUCCAGGAAGCAAAGAAGAACGGCAGAUAUGACAUGGGCAUUCUUGAUUUGGGCUCUGGGGAUGAGAAAGUGAAGAAGAUGGACUGCAGGAAAUUCCUGACCCCAGGCUAUACCACAUCGGGACACGUGGAACUCUUCACCGUGAGCGUGGAGAGAGGAAUGUCGUGGGAGGAGGCGACGCAUGUUUGGGCGGAGCAGAACGGACCAGAUGAUGGCUUUUAUGUGCAGAUGAGAAACAACAAGAAAACUUCCAUACUGGUGAAAGAGGUGAACACCAAGAAGAGGCUCUUCCUGGUGUACAGGCCGAACACCGGCAGGCAGCUCAAGCUGGAGACGUACGCUGACAUCAAGAAGAAGUUUAAAAAGGUUUUGUCAGAAGACGCCAAGCAGUACUGGACGGACCAGUACAACUCAUCUGCACAAAUCUGCUCACAUGCGUACUGGCGGGGGAACUGUAAGAAGGCCUCGGUGGGUCUGCAGUGCGAAGUCGGCCUUCGCUGCAGGACCUACUACGUCCUGUGUGGCUCGGUGCUCAGCGUGUGGAACGAGGUGGAGUUGGUGCUCACUCCGGUCAGCGGAACCAACGUGAAGGUGCAGAUCGUCCGCCUCAGAACGGAAGACGGCCAGAGGAUAGUUGGGCUCAUCAUUCCAGCGAACUGCGUGUCCGCAUUAAUCAACAAGCUCUCGACGUCGGACCAGAACCAGCAGCUCGCUGUGCAGGAGCAGCAGAAGCGGCAGCAGCUCCACCCCCAAAGUCUGAGUCACGCACCAACACACAGUUUGGGGUUGUAGCGCUCGGCUUCAUGGGCGUCGAUCCCAUCUCCACCCUGUCAGUCUGAAGGGAUUUGACUCGUCAAUCUCUUAUUGCUGCACCACAGGCUCCAGGACCCCCCCUGUUCUGCACCCUCACCCUCCUCCCCCAAAAAUGUUUCAGAGGUGUGGCACGAGCUGUGAUGAUUCUCAGAUGUAAAGCAGUGGUUGUACAGAGAAAAAGAUUUCAGGGGUUUUUCCUUUUUUUUUUUCCUUUUUCCUUUUUUAAUCUCCAGAGACUCUUGUUUUCACCUAGAGAGAUUUGCCAGGUGAUGUUUUGUCCUCUGACAUUCAGAGUGAAAAAGAUUUGCGAUAUAUCGAUCGAGCUGCGACCCGGAGGGCGUGAUUUAUCCACUCCUCAGCCAUGCUCUAAGCCGUUUAGUCCGGACUACGUAGACUCUGUCUUGGUUCAGACCAAAGGUGGACGAGACAAAGACCACUAUGUCCUCUGAAAGUCUGACAAACUACAUGAAUUCACUUUAAAAAAAAAAGAAAAAGGGACAUUUGAUGCUCAACUACAAUGUGAUGCUAAUAUUUGGUGUCAGCUGUCAGUUUGUCGCUCCUGUUUCAGCACUAGAAGAAUCAGUUCUUUGAAAUAGAAAAAGUGACAGAACGUUAGUCCAGUAAAACAGGAAACCUGGUAUUUUCUGCUUCUCUGUAGUAGACAAAAACAAUCCACUAGCAGCGCUGGUCUUUGUCAUGCAUGUGGCUUCAGUUUGAUUCCUCUUUGUCCACCGUGUAACAUUUAAAGGAGUGUUUCAGGGUUUUUUGUUUUCUCCUCCAGUCCGUCUUGAAGCGAUAGUCGGUUGAAUAUUCCUCCCAGUGUGCCGUCGGUGUGAGUGAUGGAGACCAAACCCACCGUCCUCGUCUUGUGUUUUCACGGGUUUAUCUGAAGCUGCUGUGAGACAAACCGAGCGGGUGUCUCAGGCUCGUGCUUUCAGAUAAACUUCUGAAUUCAUUUCACUGUGGAUGUUUUCCCCACGCAGAACCCGCUUCAGUGAUUUGUCAGGCAGGCCUUUUUGUAUGAGUACAAACGGGUACUGCGGUCGGUCAGGCAGCUUUGAGACGGUCAGAGUUCGACUUGUGAAAGCUUUGGUGGUUUUUAGUGUCAGCUGACGUGUUUCUAUUGAAAGUGCAAGCAAAUGUUUCCUGAAGAUAAAUAUUGACGGAGUAAAGAGUGUGAUGGAUGGAUGAGUUAGCAGAGGGGCUUUGUCGUUGCACGCAGCGUAGAAAGUCAGCAUUUAUUGGCAGCGUGUUAAAUGGUUUAUAGCACAUUAUAAUGCAGGUGUGACACAUGUAGCUUCUCCCAUCACACAUUUUUAAUAUUCAAACUGUUUCGUGUUCAUACGGCAGUUAUGGGCGCCUCACAGGAGCAGUCGACUUGUUUUGUUUGCUUUUUCCUAUACUGAUUAUUAGUAAUGAUAAACCCAUAAGUGAUACACAUUUGCAGUAAAAAUCUUACUGUUGGAAUUGAGAAUGACCAGUAAUGGAAUGUAACGGAGUAGUUUUACUCAAGUACUAUGCUUUAGUACAAUUCACAGGUACUUGACUUGAUUUCCGUUGUCUGCUGCUUGAUAUUUCCACUCCUCUACAUCAUGGAGGCCAAUAUUGUACGAGAGUGUUUUGAAAAGUUUCAUGACUUUGCGGAUUGAAUUUAAUCGAGAAUCUACUUGUAAAAUUCUAAAUAUUGGUUUCAGUGAUCGGCCUGUCCCUGACAAACACAUUAAUAAAUGCUAAAAUCUGCUCACCGCUACGCUGUGAUGUUACAAACAUGAUUAUAUGCUGCUUGUGAAAGCUAAACGGGGACUUGAAGUGGUCGUGUUGCGGGUCAAAGCCACCUUUGGUCUUUGCCUCGACGGCGAUGGCGGCGGUCAUUCAGAGGAGAGGAAACGCUCGACGAUGUACAGCAGAGCAGCAGCUGUGAGGAAUAUGAAGCGCAUGUCCGUCGCUCGCCGGUUUUCAGAGCAGAGUCUGCAGCGCUGCACUCUGCUCACGUCUUUUGUUUUGAAUUCUGCUCAGGGGUUAAACUCGUACAAAUACCCUCUUUGGAAAGAAAAAAACAAAAACAAAACAAAGUUACCUGAAAUGCAUGACCACAACUCGAUCGCUCCACCUGUACCUCCGCUCAGUGAUGUUGCUCUGCUCUCGUGUCUUCGCAACACACAUUUUAAACCCCACCACCUCCACCUCCAUUCCUCUGCUUUUUUGAGCCGAGUUGUAGUUUAAAAUGGACGAUUGCUUCUGUCGACUAGUGCACCCCUUCAGUCCUUCAGUCCUUCAGUCCGCCACCUGCACUGGAAAGGACAGACCAAAGUGUGGACACGCGAGCUGGCGAUGUAGAGACUGAGCUGUGUUCUCUGCUCGGGCGCCUCAUGAACCUGUGGAUUAGCUCACGUUACUCUUCUGUUCUUGGUAGAUGCAUUUAAAAGUGAAAUCGGAGGUCUUUGUAUCAAACUCCUGUGCGUUUUGUACAUUUUGUCCAAGGAUCCAAACUGCAAAUGUUGGUGCAGCACAUCUGAAAUGUGGGACAGAAGUGGGAGACAAAAGGUCUGAUCUCUGGUCGGAAGUCACAUCUCUGAACUCGAACGUCCGCCACCAGACGAGCCGGCGACUCCCGUUUCAAUUCUGUCCUUUGAGAUGCUGCGUUCACGGGCUGCUGACUUGUUUUUGAAUGCUGUUUUAAAAACGUCGCAGCAGAUCUGCUCCUCUGAAGUCAAAACACUUGAAGGACUUUUGGGUUGUUUUUUUUUUCCUCCUUUUAUUGUUGCACGAGUUGCACUACUGACAGAGUUGUACAAAUAUUCAACGUGACCUGUACAUGAAUGAGUGCAAUGCUCAAUAAAGCUUGGUAUACUUCUA